AUGAACGCGCCAAUAUUAGGCCUACCCCAGCAUGUUCUGGAAAUGGUUGUGGUAGAGUUAGAACAAGAAACGCUGGCGGAAGUAGAUCCAGGCCAGGUGGGCCACGGCCCGUUUGACGACUCGCAUUGGGCGGACGGAGUUGGCUACACCGAGCUGACAGCUGAAUCCCGCAAGGACAUCCUGCAAGUUCGUACCGUCGCGCGAUGCUUCAGAGAUUGUGCCUGGUCAAGCCUUGGUCGCGUCCUGGGUGAACGCCACUUCUACCGCACCAAACACAGUAUUGCACUGUUAACGCAGAUCUCUGCUCACCCGGAAUUGCAGAGAAAGAUCAAGGUCCUGACGUUCACCGAUGUUGGAUUCCCUGUCUCACCAUUGCCCGUCCUCCAGCAGGCCCUGGCUGGCCUCAGUGACCCUCUUCGCGCACACAUCCAGCAGAGCCACCAGACUUGUUACGACUGGCAAGCUGGUCCCGGUCGCAGUCUGACGAGUCUUCUUGCAGCUAUCUUCCACCAAUUCUCAGCAUUAAAAGGAAUUUGCAUAAAGGAUGACUUCCCCGCAGAGCACAUCCCAGGUUGGUUGACAGCCAUCGAUAUCGCUGCUAUUGAUGCUAUCGUUCCCGGAGAGAAGCGCCAUCACAUUUACACGAAGCUAGCUGCGUCUCACCUAGUCGCAGAUAUCACGGGCGCAAUGACACGGGCCGGUCGAGAGCUGACAGACCUACGAGUCGCAAGCGUUGUUGUGCCGGCCCUACUGGUCAACCUUGCAACAAACUUGAGAGUACUAAGACUCAUGCUUCCAUUCGGUUGGAAUGAGGGCGCAAUGUCACAUCUUGUGACCAACCUUGGGCGUAUACCGCUACUUAAGGAGUUGAGUCUGGCCAAGCCCUACGAUCUCUUGAGCACUAAAAUUCGGCAUCUCAGUGAGAAGUCCGACUGCGAGAAGGAACUGGAAAAGAGUAGUGAACUCUUGAGCCAGCUCCGCAAGACGCGCCUUGAGAGACUGGAACUCAAGCGCUAUUGGAUUCUUGACGCAGAUGCUUUGGUUGAUUUCAUGAGUCAAAUGGCAACAACCUUGACCGAUGUUCACCUCAUACGCCCGUUUCUGUUCGAAGGUCGAUGCCACACCAAGCUCGUUACAGACAUUGGCAAUCUGCAUCUUCCUCAAAUGAGGGUUCUACGGAUUACAUGCCCUUCCGAACUCACCCACUCUGAUCACGCCGUCCCACUUCCCUCCGACCAUCAGAGGCGUAUUGUGUACAGAGUCGAACGGAUAAGGGUCCCACAGCCACAAGGAUUCGCGUUUUGUUUCCAGUCUUGCUAG